ACACCGGGGAAUAAGGCGGGGACUUGGUGUGGUGCUACGGUAUCUUUCGUCUUGGGGGUCUGUCGUGCCUUUUGCAUAGCUUCCAACCGCACUGUGUUGGGACAGAGCAUCUGGAGGUUCACAGCCUCUGUGGUCUGUAGGAGCCACUCUGAGGAGGGUCCAGGGGAGAAUUUGCCAUUUUCAGUGGAAAACAAGUGGUGGUUACUAAAUAUGAUGACUGUGUACUUUGGAUCUGGAUUCACUGCACCUUUGUUUAUAGUAAGACACCGACUGCUCGAGAAAUAAGAAUGUUUUAAGUAAUCCAUUAAGCAGAUGUGAAAAGGAACAUUUUCAAACGCUUGAAUUCAACAUACCCGGUAUGUUGGUUAAUGAACUUGAGGCAUGAAAAACAACCAUGUCAAAAUUCAAAGAACUGUAUGCCAAAAGAACAAAAAGCCAAAUUUACUCAAUGAAAUUGAGCAAAUUAUACAAAAUAAUUGUGUCAUUCUAUACUUAUGGGUCCUUAGCUUCCUUGUGACAAUUUAAUAUGUCCAAGAGCUCUUUUUGCAUCUAAAAAUGUGGAUCCUCAGGAUUCUUUCUAAUUUUACAUCACUCUACGCAUAUGGAUGUACAGUGGUUUAGCUCAAAACAGUACCCUUUUGAUGAACUUGUAUCUUAUUUUUCCCAUUUCUCCUUUGGCAAACAAAAUGGGAAUGAUUAUUUCCCAUCACAUUUUUAAAAAAUAUUUUAUUUUAAAGUAACCUUUACCCCCCCAACAUGGGGCUCGAACUCACAACCUCGAGACCAAGAGUCGCAUGCUCUACUGACUGAGCAGCCAGGCGCCCCUCCCAGCACUUUAAAGAGUUCUUCUAUUUGCGGUCAUGCUGCCAGUUCUACACACGGUUUAAUUUGAUUUCUUUUGCUUUUAAUUUUUAGGGAUUGCUUUAAAAAUUUUGAUAUUCUUAUAUUAGGCCAAAUAUUUAAGUGAUUCCAAAGUCAGAUCAUCCAAAUAGGGUAUAUUCAGAGAAGUCUAGCUUUUUUUUUUUUUUUUAAAUCUGUCCUCUCUGAUUCAUUUCUUCCUGCUCCUCUAAAUAGAUGUGCACUUAAAUUCUUUCUUUCCUUUUAAAAAUAAAUGUACCUAAUGCUUUUGUUUUCAUCUCCCUUCCCUUCGAUCACUCUCUCCUCAAUAUGGAGAAUUCCAGGUUACUUACGGUCAUUGAAGCCAGGAACAAGGGAGCAGCAAAAGCCAGAGGCAAGAACUUCAUGCCUGAAGGAUAGAGACAUGUUUGGGGACAGUGCAGUGGGGUGGAUGGACAGAACUACCUAUGUCACUUGCCUGGAGCUCUAAUCUUUAUACGACUUCAAAUGAGAUCAAAAGUUGAGCAGUGAGCAAGUAAUAAAGUAAGAUAAAGCAGAAAUAUCCGCCAUUAGGGCCAAAGGAUUUGGUCAGACUGUCUCAUUGGCUACUGCAUACAUUUGCGGAGUUCUCACAGAAUAUCUGGAAGACUAGCAUCCAGUCUUUGAAAAUACACUUUCUAGCUACUGUUGGUAAGGGUGAGGCAACACAGGGACAACUGAGUACUGUUCCUGUGAGUUUAAAUCAAUGCAGUAUAUUUUGGAGAGCAAUUUGCAAUAUAUAUUCUAUGUCUAAAACAAAGUUAAACAGAACAAAACUAUGCUACUCUUUGACCCAGAAUUAACACGCAUAGAAUAAAUGGAUAAGUUCACAAAGAUGUCUAAGUACUAUAUUUCCUUCUUAGCAUUGCUCGUAAUGAGGAUGUGAAAAUGUAAAUGUCCAUCAAUAGAGAAUUUGCUGAUUUAUGGUACAUAACACAUUAGAAUUCCAUGCAGCUUUAAACAGUGUUAAUCGAGGGCCUACAAGAUUAAAAGCUGGUGUGAUCUCUUUGAAAAAUGAGUGAAAAUUAAGUGAGAAAGGAAAGUUAUGGGAUAGUAUGAGCUAGUCUUUGUUAUAUGUAUUUAUACAUAUGCAUAUAUAUGCAUAAAAUAUCAUCUGGAAGGAUAUGUACCCCCAAUUUUAAGGGUCUUUAUCUUUGGGAAGGAUUAUUUGUGAUUUUCUUUUUCAAAAUUUUAUGUUUCUCUAUAUUUAUGACUGUUUCUACUAUUGUUGUUUGUUUCUCUUGCUUUUUA